UAGGGUCAGGAAACUCUGAAAAGGAGCCAACCCAACACAAAGAAACCGGUCAUUCAUGGGCCGUCCAUGUGGCACGAUGCCAUCGCCUGUUGCACACACGGCACUGUGGCAAAUUAAGGGCACUGUGGGAUCAUUGUCUGGUUGUCCACCCAGAAUGUAAAAGAGACCAGAAAGACUGAGUGAGAAAGAGAGAUAGAAAGAGAGAAAGAGAGAGAGACAGGGAUUGAGAAAGAGUGGAGCUGUUUUUUUUCCAGAUCCAGAACUGGAAGGCCGUCGGUUGCAAAAAUGCUGAGUAAAACAAUAUAACCAGCUCCCAACCUCUUCUCCUGGCGUGUGUUUUUUUCCUGUGGAUGGCGUUGCAUCCUGUGAUUUUUAAGUCCGCCCCGAAAGGACUGAAGGUUGCUUUCCAGAACCACCAUUUUGGGAUAACCUUACUCCUCUGUGCAGCUGGAUCUGUCUCUUGAACUAUUUUUUAAACAUUGUUUUAAACUUCUUUCCAGCAAAGAGGGUCUCCACCAGGGAAGAACCAGCGUCAGGAGACGCCAAAGGAGGAGCCAAAGGAGGAGCCAAAGGAGGAGGAGGCGCCAAAGGAGGCAUCAAAGGUUGUGACAUCAUGUCUGGGGACCCAUCUGAGUUGGAAUGGGCCAUCCAGACCCUGGUCAAGAACUAUGACAAGUACGCCGGCAAGGGAUGCUGCUGUAGGAGACGGCAGGGCAUCAGCAAGAAGGACUUCCGGAAGAUGCUGAGCCAUGAACUCAACCACAUGCUCACGGACACCAAGAACAAACAUGCUGCUGACAAACUGAUCUGUGAGCUGGAUGAAAACCAGGAUGGACGCAUCUCUUUCCAUGAGUAUUGGAACCUGAUCGGAGGCAUCGCCAGUCCCAUCUCGUGCCUGAUCCGUCAGCAGGAGGAGAGCGUGAAGUUCACCAAGUAGAAGGCCUCAAGGGCCAAGGAAGAGGGUCAGCUUCUACCACUCCCAAGAUCUCUGUAUCUUUCCCUGUGUACUUUCUUCCUGUCCAAAACCUCACCACUGUUUCAGCCUCGCCGCUGGAUGAGUGGCACGUGACAUCUGCCAUUGACAGGCAUCCAUGGCCCAUACCACUGAUCUUCUCUCUCUCUGUCAAAUCCGAGAGAGAAAUGUGAACUCAUCUACGGAAAUGGUUUGUCCAUUCGCCUGCUCCCUCUGACAGUUGGUGAUAUUGCCUUAGGAGCAGGUAUAGUGAAUACCAAAACUGUCCGAUUGCAAGUGCCAUUGCAAUAAAAUCUGGAAUCAGA